AUGAGUUUGUCUAGUGAAGCAAAAAAACGUCUUCAUGAAUCAUUACAGCAACAGUGCUUAAAUCAAAAGUCAGCCGAAUAUAAUGAAGCAAAAUGGCUUUUUAUAGAUGCAUAUCGACCUGAGGAGAUUCAUUCUCAAUAUAUAAUUCAGAUGGCAGGAAAAGGUUAUACAACGAUCGAUCAUCCUAGCGAAGUUUAUAGAAUACCUGAUACUCAUGAAUGUAUCGAUGGGAACCAGCCCCUCCGCUUAAUUAUCGAUAUUGAUACAAGGCAAAAGCCUGAUUCUACUAAUUCUAAACUUCCUUCUCUAGAUGGUCAAAAAAUUACUCGAGAAGAUUUGUUAUCUCGAAUUUUAGUUGCUU